AUUUGUUAUAUGAUAAAGCAAGAGCUCCCUGAGACUUAGUACACAUUUGAAAGCAGCUGAGAGACUUAUUUUUAAAAUACAAAACUGAGAAUGAUGACGAAGAAAAAAAGAACACUUUAAAAGGCAAGAUACAGAACAGAGUACAUAUUUUCAAGAUGAACAAAUCAAUCAAGGAUCACAUCAUAGAAUCCUUGGAUAACCUGGUGGGAGAGAAUCUGAAUAGAUUUAAGAGCAAGUUAUGUGAAGGGGAAGACAAAUUCCCAAAAGGAAGUGUCGACAAAUAUGAUUCAGCUGAAUUGGUAGACUACAUGAUCAGCUGCUACACAGAAACACAUGCAGCUCAAAAGACAAUUCAGAUACUAGAAGCCAUUAACCAGAAGGAUACAGCUGAAAAGCUGAAGGAGAAGAUACAACAUGGACCGAAAAAGAACCUGACUUCAUUACCAAAUAAAAAGGCAGCAGCACCAAGGGCCGGGGGAGUUGUGGUGGCGACAGGGAUAGGGGCAGUUGGCAGAGCAGUAGGGGUAAAUGUAAGCCCAGCAACAGGGACAGGCAUAGAAACAGGGACAAGGGCCCCUACACGGACAGGGGACCCAACAGAGACAGGCAUAGAAACAUUGACAGGGGUCACAACAAAGACAAGCAUAGAACCAGGGACAGGGGCCACAGCAGAGAAAAGCAUAGACUCAUGGGCCACAACAUGGGCAGCUAAAUUCAAAGGGACAAUGACAAGAUUAUUGUCACCAAAAAAUGAAGAUACAAGCCAGAACUCAGUUCACACAACCAGACAAGAUACAAGAGAAACUCAUCUAAAAGAUUUGCUGUGCAAACUCGGAUUGGAGAACUAUUACCCAAGCAAGAUAUCACUGAGUACAGUUCUUGAGAUUGGUAAAGCAAGCAUUACAGAUGAACCGAUUCAGUCAUUAAAAGAACUUCCUUGGUGCUUUCUGAAAAGACUAAUGAUGGUAAAUGUGACAUCUAGCGUUUCUGAGCUUAUGGGUGACAAUGAUAAUGAUGCUGAAGACAGUAAUCGAAUCAAUCCAUUAGAUAUCAUAACAGCACUCUUUCUGUGCUCAGAUAGCUUCCUGCAGCAGGAAAUGAUGUUAAAAAUGUCAAUGUGCCAAUUUGCUGUGCCUCUCUUGCUGCCAAAUCAUGAUACAAAUCAGUGUACGUUAAUGUUGUGGGCCAUGCGUGACAUUGUGAAGAAGUUUAGGCCUCAUUCAAUAGACCCAAAUGGGUUUGUAGAAGACAGUAUAGUCAGCACUGCCAUGCCACUUAUCUCUUUUGUCAGGCUGGGUGACUGUAGUUUAUCAAAGUCUCAGAUUCUAAAUAAGGUGCUAAGCAACCACCAGCAGUACCAUGAUUUCUUCAUCCAUUUUCACAUGGAAUGUGGUGAUGUUACACGGAGAAUUUCAAAUGGUCUAGUCGAAAUAGGUUGGUAUCUUCCUUGUGGAAAGAAAAACUUGGACAUCUUUCCAGAACCUGUAGCUGUUGCCAACCUUCGUGGAGAUCUCCUUUCCUUUGAGAAACAUUUUUCCAUUUUAGGUCUUAUAUCUUCGGCAGUCUUUAUUUGUUUUGACAGUAUUGCAGAGAAGGAGUACACAUUCUUGUCCUCUGAAAUAAAUAUUAAAGCCCAAUUGUUUUUAGUUGCAAACUUCCCAAAGAAGACAGAUGAAAAUGCAAACUCCCCAGAAGACUUAGCAGCAAAGUUCAAAUUAAAUCCAAAUCAUAUUCUUUUUAAGAACAAGAUUAAUGAUUCAGACUUUGUGAAAAAACUGCGCUUAACUAUGAAGGACAUCAUUGUAAAUAGUCGCCAAAAAAUGACAGUAGAAGGCAUGUCUGCUGUAGCAAAUGAAUUGGGGAUUCCUGUAGAUGAAGACUGCACCGAAUGUCAGAAUGCAAAAAAAAGUGCUGCAGAAAUCACAUCUAAAAUCAAUGAUGUGGUGCAAUAUAAAGAGGUUCAGUUGCCAUUGCAAGGAAAGCCUUGGAAGGAGCUGGCUAAGAAAGAAAAGGAGGAGUGCAGACUACGGAAGGCAGGAGACCAGCCUAUUGAAGCCUAUAAGACUAAUCUGCAAAAAGAAAAACAGAAACUGCGACAAGAACAAGUCAGGUAUAAAAUAUCUGAAGUAAUGCAGUGUUUCAUCACUGCCAUAUCCAAUUCAAACAAAGAAGAACGAUCUUAUUUUCUAAAGUGGAUGAGGAUGAACUUGGAUGUUGCAGCCCGAAAAAACCUUUCUGUUCUUUGUGAUGAGUACAAAGAAAAGUAUUGCAACUUCUCAGAGAACAAAAAGAUAAUUGUGGCCCUGGACCAACAAAUAUCAAACAGCUCUUUAGGAAUUGAACAUUUAAUGCGUGAAAUGGGGCAGCUUUAUGAAGCUUCAUGCCACCUUCCUUCCAAUGAUCCAUCUCAUGAUCAAUUUCAACAUCUUCCCGGUUUGGGGGCAGAUCUGCUGUUAGACGGUAUUCCUCUUGAACUGGUGGACGGAGAUACCUCCAAUAUCCCUGUAAGAUGGGUGACUGAUGUUCUAACAGAACUCGACAGGAAAGUCCAAAACAAGAGCAGGGUACGUGUUGUAACAGUGAUAGGAGUACAAAGCACUGGGAAAUCUACCCUCCUCAACACAAUGUUUGGGGUUCAGUUUGCAGUUAGCAGUGGCAGAUGCACAAGAGGUGCCUUCAUGCUUUUAAUUCGAGUAAAAAAUGAACUCAAAAAAGAGCUGGAUUGUGAUUUUAUCUUGGUAAUUGACACAGAAGGUUUAAAAUCUCCAGCACUGGCACAACUAGAAAACAGCUACGAACAUGACAAUGAGCUUGCAACACUGGUCGUUGGAUUGAGUGACAUCACCAUAAUAAACAUAGCAAUGGAAAACUCAACAGAAAUGAAAGAUAUCCUACAGAUCGUGGUGCACGCCUUUCUUAGAAUGGACAAAGUGGGGAAGAAACCAAAGUGUCACUUUGUGCACCAGAAUGUGGGGGACGUGUCUGCUCAUGACAAAAACAUGAAGGACAGAAAAAUGCUUUUAGAUCAGCUGAAUGAAAUGACAGAGGCAGCUGCUAGAAUGGAGAAGCAGGAUAUUGACAGAAAAUUCACUGAUAUAAUGGAGUAUGACCUUGAGAAAAAUAACUGGUACAUACCGUGCCUGUGGCAUGGUAACCCUCCAAUGGCAGCUGUGAACACCGGCUAUAGUGAAUCUGUGUAUGAGUUCAAGAAGAGCUUGAUUGGAGUUUUAAAAAUUUGUAAAGAUCAGAAUCCUGGAAACAUUACAGAGUUCUUAACAUGGAUGCAGAGUUUGUGGAAAGCUGUUAAGUAUGAGAAUUUCAUCUUCAGCUUCAGAAACAGUCUAGUGGCAGAGGCUUACAGUAAUGUGUGUGUUGCAUAUAAUGAAUGGGAAUGGGCCUUCCAAAAGCACAUGUACAAAUGGCUGGUAAACACUGAGACAAGGAUUUCAAAUACCAAAAACCAGUCCUCAAACCUUGAUGAGUUUCUCAAUGUUUUAAAAGCUGAGGCAUCUACAGAACUAACAUCUCAAGAAGUGACAACUUUGGAAAAAUUAACAAAAUACUAUGAAAGAAAAGAUGAACACGUUAAUCUUGUAGAAAGAUACAGAGCAACCUUUGAGAUGAGCAUUAAGACUCUCCGGGUUGAAAUUGAAAACUCUUUGACAAAGAAGUGCACAGCAGCUAUUGAUUUUCAAAAAGGAAGGAUGAAGGUACGUAAAAUCAAUUUGGAACAUAAACAAAUAUUAGAAGAAAGAGUACUGCAGCUGCUUGGAGACUGUAGGGGAAGGAAUCUGUUGCCUGAUGAGCUGAAAGAAGAAUUUGAAAAGAUGUGGCAAGACACAGUGGCUGAACUGAACUUUACAGGUUUACAGAAGCAAAACAUUGGAUCAAAUGUCUUUAAUCUGUUGAGAAAACAAUUAGAAAGACAUGGAAGUGCAGUUAAGAAGGUGUUAAAUGAAACCCCUGGUUUUACUCAAGUUGUAAAUACACAGUUUUAUGUAACUGAUGAACACUUUCGUCGUGCAUUGCACCAGAAAUGCUUUAGUGACGAUUUACGCAGACACCGCAAGGAGGAAGCAUAUAUGAAAUCACAAUCUGUAAUAGAACAGUGCAGGCAGUUCAUAUCAGACAAACAAGGCAGUAAAACUGACUACCAUGAGACCUACACCAAAGAGCUGUUGGAUAUGAUAGAUGUAAAGCUGAAGGAAAUUGAGAAGCUCAAGACCAACUCCCAGUUUGAGGUUGCUCUGAAGCUGCACAUCUGUGGGUUUGCUGCCAGGGAAUUCCAAAAGAUGCACAAUGUUUUCUUGGAAGUCAAUGAUCCCCUGAAACAAUUGGAAAAGUCCAAACCACAGUACUGUUCUGACUUCAUAGAUCUUUACCAUGAAAAAGAUCAAUGCAAACAGAAAGCUGAAAAAUUUACACAGCGCUGCCUUGAACCUGCAGUAAGGGAUUAUAUAAUUAAAACCCUUGGGAUAGAUAUUGCAGAUGAAAUGCUGACUUGUACACACUCUCAGAAAUACAGCACCCGGACAACUUUUCAGUAUUCCCUUUUGAAGCAAAUGCUGAAUGAAAAGGAUUUUCUAAAAUAUGUGCAUUACAUUAGUGACUAUGAGAAGUGUGUAAAGAAUUGGAUAUUUGAUUGUAUUCUUGAGCAGUUUUCUAAAGAUCAAAACCUUUCAGAAUUUGAAGUAAAGCGUCUUGAAACAAUAACAAAGAAAAUACAAAAAGCUAUUGAAGAAGAAAAAAAGAAAGAAACCUCAAGAAAUGGAAGUGAAACCAUAUCAGUGUUUAUUGAAAAUGUCUGCAGUACUCUGAACAGUGAUAUUGUGAUUUCCACAGACAAUCUUGGAUUUCAAGAUAUCAAAGACAAAGCAAACACAAAGGAGUUCAUUGGGCAUCUGGAGUAUUAUGUUGAUCAAAUGAAGACAUCUCUAAGUGCUGAGUUCUCUCAAGUGUGUGAUAUUAACAAGAAACUUAACAGUCUACCAUUCAAGCCACAGGAUGAGCUGUUCAAGAGGGUGUUUGGUUGUGGAAAGCAGUGUCCGUUCUGCAAGGUCCCCUGUGAGGCAGGAGGCAAGAACCACCAAGAACACCACGCAUCAGUGCAUCGACCACAAGGGCUGGGGACAUACAGAUAUGUAACCAACAAGAAACUAACUGAGACUAUAUGUACGUCUGAUGUAUUCAGUGAAAACACAUUUCAGAAUAGUGACACAGAGUGGAAGCCCCAUCCCUACAAAGACUAUCGGAGAUUUUAUCCAGACUGGAACAUUGCCCCCGAUCCCAGUAUUAAAGCCUCUGACUACUGGAAGUACGUGCUGACUACAUUUAAUAAUGUAUUUGCAAAAGAGUAUAACGCAGAGCCUGCUGAUGUCCCUGAAGAAUGGAAAAACAUAACAGUUGAACAAGCACUGACGAGUUUAAAUGAGGUGUUUAACAUUAAAACUUGAGUUCUAAAUGCCAGGCUAAAUCAUUCUAAUGGAUUAAGCAUUGGGAAUGUUGUGAUGGAACAGAAACGGAAUCCAGGGCUGUAUAUUACCAUGUAUGAGCUGAGGGACUGGACUCUCUGAGCUCCUUUAUUAAUGAUAGAAAAAAGUAUAAAUGUUAGCGACCAAACAAACCUGUUACCUUGUUUCAUUUUUUUUUUUUUUUUAAUUUUCUCAUGAAUGUAAAAACUAUUCCUCAAGGAAUGUCUUGAAAAAUGAACACCUGAAAUUAGCUCAAAUUCUGUCUGUAAAAGAACUUGAUAACAUUUAAUCAACAGCACCUACAGGACUAGCUUAAGAUGCACAAUCAUAUGUUUCAAUGUUUACCAAUUUAGCUAUUGUACUCUUUGAACUAUAUAAGAUUGCAUGUACUAUACUAAAACCCAUACAAUAUCAAAUAGUGUUGGCAAUCUUUGGGUUUAUGAAAGCUUUCGCCAUAUUAUGCAUGCUGAAUACCAACAUAAGAAAAUACAUUUUGUUUCUUCAGUUUUUGUAACUUACAUAUCCUUAAAGUAGUUGUAGCUAACAUCUGUUUUGCAUGGCCCUUUGCCAUAUAGGUUUCACAUUGUGAACUAUAUUAAGUUACAGAAAGUUGAUUUUUGGUUGUGUUGCACUUCCUUGGUCAUUUCACCCAGAGUGGAAUUUUCUUCCACUUCUUAAUAGACAUAUUUCCUGUCAAGAACCAAUCAGCUGUUUCCUCUGCUGACUGACAUGCUUUGCAGCCAGAUAAAAUGAGCAAGUCACAUGACUGCUGAGUUGAAAUGAGAAAGAAAGUGAAAAAGUAAGGCAAGGACACUGAGAACUUUCUUGAACCUAGUGUAGUACCGGGUAUCAUGUUUUAAAAUGAAAAUACACGUGUGCUAUAUUAAAAUGUGUUCAUUUGAAAACUACACAUUUGGGACAAAUGCAGGCAAGUUAUAUAAUUAUUUAAUCAGCUACAACCAAGUCUCGAUAUUUGUAAUAUGAUUUCUGUAUAAAAUGAAUCAUCAGUCAAUUCUAGUUUCUCUGCUUCCUGCUUUUGUAACGUUAUGCUUACGCUCAUGUUUUCACAUUAUUUCAAAUAUUUUGCAUUGAAAAAUAAAGUUUUGUUA